AUGACGAAACUUUACGCUCUUUUUUCCAUCCUGGCGGCGGUGCCCGUGGCGAUAGCCCAGCAUCGAGGCACCCCAUUCGGCUUUGCUUCCGGCACCACGGGCGGUGGUAGUGCGGGACCAGUCUAUCCCCAAAACAAUCAACAACUCGUCAGCUACCUCACUGACAGCCAACCCCGUGUCAUCAUGAUCGAUCGCACUUUUGACUUCCUUCAAACAGAAGGGAGCGUAAACACGCGCUGUUGCCGCCUGAACACUUGCAGCAACGGCUUACAGCCUCAGUCCUACAUUGGCAAUACAUGCGACGGCGGUACCUGGGUUCCUUGCACCUACUGGAAUGCCCCUAAGAAUCCUAUCGAUGUCAAGAGCAACAAGUCCAUCGUCGGUGUAGGCAGCAAAGGUAUCAUUCGCGGCAAGGCACUCCGUCUGCGCGGCGGUGUGAGCAACAUCAUCAUCCAGAAUAUCCACUUCACUGAGCUCAACCCUCAGUACGUCUGGGGCGGUGAUGCUAUCACCCUGGAUGGAGCUGACAGGGUCUGGAUCGACCACAACAAGUUUUCUCUGGUCGGUCGGCAGAUGAUUGUUUCUGGUUGGGGCGCUGCCGGAAAGGUGACGAUUUCCGACAACGAGUUUGACGGCAGGACGUCAUGGUCCGUCUCUUGCAACAACAAGCACUAUUGGGCCCUGCUGUUGAUCGGCGCCAACGACUUUUAUACCUUUGCUGGCAACUGGUUGCACGACCUGUCCGGCCGUUCGCCCCACCUGGGCACCGGUGACAGCUCGUCAAACGUCGUUCACGUCGUCAACAAUUAUUUCCAGAACAUCGAUGGCCACGCUCUUGACAUCCAGGGCAACGCUUGGAGUCUACUUGAAGGGAACUACUUCGAUAACGUCAAGGAGCCUGUCUCUGCGGGCAGCGGCGGUGGCGGCGCUAAGAUCUACGAUAUUCGUCAGGUAGCGGAUGCUGCCAAAGCACAGAGCGCGCUUGGCUACAUUCCUGAAUGGAACCGAAACGGCGGUAGUAGUGGCGUGCCCAAAGUCCGUCUGGACCAGGAAGCUCUACAGAAACUCGGUCAGCACAAGAGCGCUAUCACAUGGUCUCACUGGAAGGUAGAGAACGUGCCUACCAACGUGAAGAACAAUGCCGGCGUGGGGAAAAUCGGCAAUUAA